GUCGUGCUUGUGGACAGCAGGUAUGCUUCAUGUCGUGCUUGUGGACAGCAGGUAUGCUUCAUGUCGUGCUUGUGGACAGCAGGUAUGCUUCAUGUCGUGCUUGUGGACCAGCAGGUAUGCUUCAUGUCGUGCUUGUGGACAGCAGGUAUGCUUCAUGUCGUGCUUGUAGACAGCAGGUAUGCUUCAUGUCGUGCUUGUGGGAUGUUCUAUUCUUUAUCUGUGAAACAUUCUUUGCAUGUUUUUCUCUGCUCUAGAUAAGUCAGAUGCAGCACACAGUGGCCCAGCCCGUCUGGGUGACAGACAUGGUCUGCCUGAGCAACAUCAACCAGCUCUCCAUCUCCUCCACAGGGCGAGACGUAGAAUUCUAUGACAUCAGUGCCAGUAAGUGUGACAUAGUGUUCUCCCUGUCGGAGCUGGAGGCCAACGUGGAGGUGAUGGACUACUGGACAGAUGGUAAGAGAGGAGUGUACUCCAUUGGGGAUGCCAGUGGCACCAUAUACAUCUUUGUCUCCUCUGAUGUGGUCCAUAAUGGCCUGUUCAACAGUGCUGCCUUCAAGACAGGAACAAACUAUCGCAUCCCUGUGUCAGCCCUGCUCAAAAACACCUCCAGCUCAUUUCUCUGCUUUCGAGUCCCCAGCCACAAUGACUGGAUCCACCAGAUCCGCUACAUCCCAGAGUUGAAUGCCAUCGCCACCUGCUGUGCGGCAGACCAAACUUCCAUGAUCCUGACCACGCUGCCCCACUCACGCAAGUGUAAAAUUCAAACUGCACUCUUUCACAUGCAGAAGGGAAUUCUGUGUUUUGACUACUCACCUGAGCUCAACGUUCUGGUGACUGGAUGCUUCGAUCGGGUUGUGAGGGUCUGGAACCCCUAUGUGACCAAUCAGGCCACAUCACAGAUGAAAGGUCACAGCACCAUCAUCACUCACAUCGCUGUCAACGGCAGAGACAACAAGAUCAUCAGUGUCUCCAAAGACAAGAAUGUGCGGGUGUGGGACCUGCAGGACAGUGUCUGCCUCCAGAACAUCCAAUCCAGGAACGUCAACAUGGGCUGCUUCCCCAUCACCAGCACCUACUAUAACCACACCAGUAACACCAUGGUGAUGGCUACGUACCUAGUGUGUGUUCGUUAUUGCCUUUAA